AUGCACACUACAAAGACUCUAUUACAAAAGGCUAAACCUUUAGACAAAUAUGCAAGAUUUGUUCCAACCCAUGCUACUUUUCCUCUAGGUUUUGAAACUGCAUCAAUCUCUGCAGGUAUUAAAAAAAAUAAUGCUUUAGAUUUAGGGGUUAUAAGGAAUGUCAAUGAUCCAAAGAGAGCAAGAGCUGCUGCAGUAUUUACUACAAAUAAAUUUCAAGCUGCUCCUGUUACUGUCUCAAGAAAUGUUCUUCAACAUACCAAAGGUGAAGGUGUUAUCGCAACAAUUGUAAAUUCAGGUUGUGCAAAUUCAGUAACUGGUGACCAAGGCCAAGAAGACGCUGAGAAAACGGUAGAUUUAGUUAGUAAGCAUCUUGGCAGUGACAGUUCUGAAAAUCUAUCUCUGGUUAUGUCUACUGGUGUUAUUGGACAACGUUUGCCUAUGGAUAAACUUGAGAAUGGUAUUGAAAAAAUUUUCAAUGAUAAAAAGGCAUUUGGCAGUGAUUUCAAUUCUUGGUUAAAUUUUGCCAAAUCUAUUUGUACUACUGAUACUUUCCCAAAGAUAAUUUCCAAACAAUUCAAAUUAUCCACAACUGGGCAAACUUAUACUAUCACCGGUAUUGCGAAGGGGGCUGGUAUGAUAUGCCCAAAUAUGGCUACUCUAUUAAGCUAUUUAAUUACUGAUUUACCUUUAUCUUCGUCUGCAGCAACAUCUUCUUUAAAAUACGCUGUUGAUCGUUCUUUCAAUUGUAUAUCUGUUGAUGGCGAUAUGAGUACGAACGAUACUUUAUGUAUGUUAUCAAAUGGUGCAAUUGAUAAUCAAAUGGAAGAUAUUACAGAAGAUUCUGAGUUAUAUGAUGAAAUUAAAUUAAAUAUUACAUCGGUCGCCCAAGAUUUAGCUAAACUAGUAGUACGUGAUGGAGAAGGAUCAACAAAAUUUGUGACAGUGAAAGUGAUUAAUUCUGAAAAUUACGCUGAUGCUCGUACAAUCGCAGAAUCUAUUUCUAACUCUAUGCUAGUAAAAACUGCCUUAUAUGGACAAGAUGCCAAUUGGGGUCGUAUCUUAUGUGCUAUUGGUUAUGCUAAGUUAAACGAUAUGAGAGCAUUAGAUGCAGACAAGAUUAGUGUUAGCUUUGUUACCACUGAUAAUAGUGAGCCAAAAGAAUUGAAGUUGGUUAUCAACGGUGUCCCACAGUUAAAUCUCGAUGAAGAGCGUGCUUCUCAAAUGUUAGCUUUAGAAGAUUUAGAGGUCCUAGUCGAUUUGAAUACUGGUACUGAAACUGCUCAAUUCUGGACUUGUGAUCUAACUCAUGAAUAUGUUACCAUUAAUGGGGACUACCGUACUUAG